GUGAGUAAAAUACUUUUAUGUUAUUGGGUGUAUAUUUUCGUAUUCACAGCCAAUCAUUACAGUAUCGUAGGAAAACCUAAAAACUUACAAAAAGACUUAGUUCAAAACAAACAAACUUGUCUUUUGAUGCUGCUGCAACGCAAACAGUUGGCAUUGGGAUGAAUAAAGUACUUCUAACUUGUCUUUAUGUUGUCAUAUAUCAUAUAUUGUCACAGGUAGAGACGCUGCCUCCUGUCUCUCCUGCUCUCCUGGAUACCUUCUCUCAGACGGCAGAUGUGAGUCCAUGUGCGACGUCGGCCUGUUUCCUGUAAUGAAGGACUCAGGCCAUGUGUGUGUGGACUGUGACGGCUCCUGUCUGGAGUGUCGAGGACCCGGUCCAGCAAACUGCUCCAUGUGUCCUCCGCAGGCCAUCUUAGAAGCGGGGGGGCGCUGUCUGCUGUGUUGCCUCCAUGAUGAUGAUGAGGAGGAGGAGGAGGAAGAGGCAACAACGCCGCAGCAGGACUGUUGUAACUGCACCGAGACUCGAGGAGAGUGCGUCCUCACCACCAACCUGGCGUUCAGGAACGAGGAAGAGGAGGUGUCCGGGGGAAACCUGACCAUCUUCAUCAUCACCUGCUUCCUGUUGGUGUUUGGCCUGGUGGCUGUCGUCUUCAUCAUCCGGCACUCCCGCUCCAAGAGGGCGCCUCCGGACAUCACGCCUCGCGGGUACGAGAAACUGGGCUCAGGCGGAGGGUUCGGAGGAAGAGGGUUCAGCUCUUCGUCUUCUAGCGCUCGUCCCAUUUCCUCUACUACUGGCGGACGCUUCCAGGACCCUCAACUGGUGGACGUCGCUAGGAGUAAAGACGAUGAUGAUGACGAUGAGGACAUUGUUUACAUGGGGCAGGACGGCACCGUAUACAGGAAGUUCAGGUACGGACAGCUGGACGAGGACAACGAGGACGAGCUGGAGUACGACGACGAGAGUUACACGUUUCGGUGAAUGUGUGGAUUUCUGUAGAGAAGCUGAGAUUAUAAAGAAAUCUUUAAAAAACGUACAAAAAAUAACUCACUUUUAAAAUAACUUGUUUUAUUGCUCGAUUUUAAUGUGACUUUUCUAUGUUUGUUUGUUGUCCUUGUUUUCCUACCUCUGUAAAGCGACUUUGAGCAGCUGUAAAAGCGCUUACAAAAUACAUUUAUUAUUUAUUCAAUAAAACAGAAGAUUUAUUCAAACUGACACUGAGGCUCCAGAAAGAGAAUUUUAGGCAGGGAAUUACUGUCAAACGUCCGGGCGUUAGUGUGCAUUUAUUGUAGGUGAGUUCCCAUUAUCUAACAUAUAACAAACAAUGGCUUCUCCUCCUCUGUUUUCGCUGUUCAAAAAACCCUCCACCUGUGUCCAAUAUAUACAAAAUCACCAGGGGCCCAUAACUCAAAAUAAAAGCAUAAACAAGCACCUUGAUUAACUAAAAGAAUGACAAUAAAUUAUUCUUGUAAAGGUCACCUAUCGUGCUAUUUUUAGGCAAUAGCAGAGGUCUCAGAUAUAUAAAAAUAUAUAAACAACACAUCUAUGAAGUGUUUUGCUCCAAACACCAAACAGAUCAUUCUAGCC